AUGGCAGAUAUAAAUUCAGAAUCAUUUUCAGCAUUAAACUUUUGGAAAUCAGUUGAGAAAAAAAAUAUUUCAACCAAUUUUGGGAGUAAACAACAAGUUGUAGCACCUAAAAAAAAGAUUCAACCUAUACCAUUAUUAGCACCAGCACCUCCACCACCACCAGAAGAUUUAAUUAAAGAUGCUACAACUAAAGGUGAAUGGGACGAACAAAAUGUAACUGAAGCUUUUGGAUUUUGGAAACAAAAAGCAGUUCAAUUACAAGUAGAAACAGAAAGAUAUAAUGCAAGACGUAGUGCAAGACAAACAAUAGAUCUCACAAAUAUUUUAAGAAAAUCGACAAGUAGUGAUCUUUUAUUAAAACCACCAACUACUCCAACAGCAUCCCAUUUAGAUUCAAUUACACCAUCAGAUUCCUCUUCCCCAACCUCACCAAAAGAAUCUUUAUCACCAUCCAUUUCUUCACCACCAGUCACCGCUGAAGAUUUUGGCACAAAAAUAACCACCACAACCACAACCACCACUACCCAUACAGUUAAUGAUAAUAACGUUAAAGUUGAAACUACAAUUACUAAUACAACAGCAAAUGUAAUUUUACCAAAUUCUAUUUCCACAUCAACUACCAAUGAAUCAUUACAAGCCAAUCAAUUAGAAAUUAAAUUUGGUGGUGAAACUAUUGCAGUUGUCGAUGAUUUUGAUAAACAAACUCCAAGAGAUUACAGAAGAUCAAGAAGCAUCAGUUGUGAAAUUAUCCCAAAGAUUAACAGCAGUGGUGGUAUUCAAUCAUCACCACAACCACAAGUUAGCUCCAUAUCACAACCACAACAACAUCAAGAGCAACCAAUUAAAGAUGAUGAAUCUGAUUCAUCAGAAGAGGAAUCAUCAUCAUCAGAUGAAGAGUCAGAUGAAAUCGAGUCAGAUGAAGAAUCUGGUGAGUUAGAGGUCGAUGUUUCUACCCCAAGAAAUGAUGCCGUUGGUAGUGGUGACGAAUCUACUCCAGUUGUAUCAAGUACAAGUAGCACUACAGUUGUUCAACAAGAAUCAUUAUCACCAGAUCAAGCUUCAAAUACCACUCUUAUGGCCACUACCACAACCACUACCAAAGUUGAGUCUACUUCAUUAGCCGAUAAUAGUACCACAACUAAUACAACUAAUAUUACAAGUGGUAGUGUUGCUACUCAACAAACACCAGUUACAGUUUCCAACCAACAUGCCACAGCUCCAUCAUCCCCAUCUUCACAACGUGCUUCAGUCCAAGCUACUAAUACUGCACCAGCAAGUAUUACAUCAUCAAACUCUUCAUCCUCUGAAAAGUUAAAUAGACCAACUGGAAAGAAAGAUCCAGCCAAAAAGUCAAUUGGUGCCACUUUAACUAGAACCGUUACUAAAACUUUUAUUAGGGAUUCAAAAGAAAACAAUAAAGUACCUUCAACAGGUGCAUCAUCAGCUAGCGGCACACCAAAGAAGGAAAAAGCUAAACUUACAAAAUCAGAAAAAGAUCGUAUAAAACAAGAAAAAUCAGCACAAAAGAAAAAGGAUAAGGAAGAAAAGAAACAACAAAAAACAAAUAAAAAACAAUUAACUAAAAAUUUAUCAUCAACUGAUAUCAAAAAAGGUGUACCAGAAUAUUCACCAUAUAGAAUUUAUGGAGUCAAGUUAACACAAUUAGUUUUAUCAAAUGACGGUGAUUUACCAGCAAUUCUUACACAAACUAUUACAGUUUUAUCAAACUCAAAUAAUUUAGAUGUUAAUGCUAUUUUCAGCGGUGCAGAAAAUGAACCAGCAGUUAAAGAAUACAGAAGAAAAUCAGAUUUCGAUAGAGUUGAUUUCUCAAUUAUUAAUGACCCAAGAAUUGUUGCAGGUUUAUUAAUUUUAUUCUUUGCAGAAUUACCACAACCACUUUUCAAUAGUAAAUUCUUUAAUGAUUUAGUCGAAGUCCACGACAUCACAAAUCAACAAGUUAAGUUGAAUGAUAUCAAGUAUUUAAUCAAUUCCCUCUCACAACUUCGUCGUUCAUUAUUACAAAUUUUGGUCACCUUUUUCACUUCAAAAUAUAUCAAUAAUAACCCAGUUGUUAAUCGUGCUCAAGCUAUUUCAACCAUUGCCGCUGCUUUUGGACCACAAUUCUUCCGUUCAACAGAUCCAAAAUUAAAGAACCAAUUUAAAUCAAUCAGUGAAGAAACUCUUCGUUUAAUCAUUGACAACUAUGUAUUUUUAUUUGAAAAAACCAACGAACCAGAUAUUAAAUAUAAGAAUUCUGAUGGUAAAAUGAUUAUCUCGGAAGGUUCAAUUGACAAACUCAUCGAAAAAGCUACAGAUUACUACUAUCCAUACAAUGAAAAGUAUUUCUCACUCACAUUCUUCAUCACCCAUCUCUAUUUCAUCCAACCAUCAGAAUUGGUAGAUAAAUUAAUUGCUUUAUACAAAGAGAACCACGAUACCGAAACUAAAAAGAAAUGGAAAAAGCAACGUUCAUCCAAGAAAGCCAACUGUAUUAGUGAAGCUGUUAAACUUUGGGUAGAUUAUUGCUACAAAGAAAUGAGAGAAGAUAAAGAGUUAUCAAAGAAAAUCUUAAAGGGUUUCCCACAUCUCGAAUCUCAAUUAAGCUCACGUCUUAAUCACAAGUCAACUCUUGACUUUUUAAGAUUAAAACGUCCACACAAUAGAACUCGUUCUGCUUCAUUCUCUGAAACCUUCCUUUCUGCUGGUAGCAAAGAUCAAUUAAGUGCUGUGGAAAUAGCUGAACAAUGUACUUUAGUCGACUAUGAUCUCUUUACUAAUGUUCGUCUUUCAGAUUGGGUUCGUCUCAUGCAAGGUAGUGUCGAUCCUUCAACUGCUCCAUCAUUAUCACAAGCCUUAAAGAAAUCAACCAUUUGGACUCAAUGGGCCAUGGGUGAAAUUCUUUCAACAGAAGAUAAGAAUCAAAGAGUUGCUAUUAUCAAUCUUUUAGUCGAUGUCGCUCUUAAUUGUAAAGAUUUAGCAAACUUUAAUACUGCCAUUAGUAUUCACAAUGCUCUUACUAAUCAUCAUAUUAAACGUUUAACUCAAACAUGGGACGCUGUACCAAAAGAAACCCUCAACAAAAUUCAACAACUUGAACAAUCAUUAACUCUUUGGUUGAAACCAGAGUCACACAAUCCAUUUGCCGCCAUUUGCCAAUCAAUCAACAGUGCAUGUGUACCACAUUUCUCUAUUCUUCGUACCAUCCUCUCACAAAUUGACCAAAAGACACCAACUACAAUCGAUGAUGGCAAUGGUAAUGAAUUCAUCAAUGUCGAAAAACUUCGUUCAAUCUUUAGCAUUGUUGUUGAAAUUCAACGUCUUCAAACCCAACGUAAUUAUACAAUGAAACCAACCAAGCUUUUCAUUCAACUCCAAGAUAUCACUACUGUUUCAUUGGAUGAGUUAGCCGAUCUUUCACUAAAAUGUGAACCACCAGUUUCAAAAGCUAAGAAAUAUAAUGCACCAGAAACCGUUGAUGAAGAUUGGAGAAUUAAAAUUUCAAAGACAUUUAACAAAACAUUGAUUACAAGUUCAGUUGGUAUUGAUUUACCACGUUUAGCAAGUUCAUUCACAUUCAAAUCUGCCGAUGGCAUCGAUAAUCCAAUUAACCAUGGUAAUAAGAUUCAAGAUAUCUUUAAUGUUUUACUUUCAUUAGCCAAAAUUCAAGAUCAAGAUUCAAAUAUUGACGAUGCAACACCACUCUUAGAAGAUAGCGUUAAAGAGAAAUUCUCGCAAUACAUUCCAAUGUCGACCGACCCAGAUUCAGAUUUCAAGAGAGAGCUAUUAAAAUUCUUAGAUGAAGUUUGUGGCUCUGAUAAUAGUAAAUUGGUUAGAAUUCUUAAAUGUUGUAAUCAAGCUAUUAUCGCACCAGUUAUUAUCGAAAUCACUUUGAACAUUGCAAAAGGAAUACCCUUCAUGGAUGCUGGUGGUUGGAGAAUUUUAAUUUCACAAUAUAUAAAUAAUAAUAACAACAAUGUAACACUAGAAAAUGAAAAUGAUAAAAAAGAUGUUUCAAAAGAAGACUCAUCAUCAGAAAGCAAGCAACAACAAUUAUUUAUUAGACAUUAUAAAAAACAAAGAUCAAGAUCAGCUCAAUCAAAAGACUUUUUCGAAUUUGAAUGGUUCAUUCAAUUAAAUUUAGAUCAAGAAUGUAAAAAUAUUAAAUCUUUUGAUUUGAAGAUAUCCUCUUUGGUUUUCUCCACAGAUACAACUCCUUCAAUACGUGAUUCUCUUUUAGAAUCUUUCAAAAAUUAUUUAUUAUCUCCAGAUUGUGUUCAAUAUAUAAACUUUAAUGACAAC